AGCUGGUUGACGUGUGGGGCCGGUCAUGGGCCAGUCUUUAGGUUGAUGUCAUGGCCAGCGAAUGGUGGAGCUCGCUGCUGAAUGUUUGUUCUGGCGAGCCACAAGUCGGAGAUGCCGCUGAGAACUCCGUACUGUCCAUCGAGAAGCAGCCUUAUGAGGAGGAAGAAGAUGAGCCAGUGAUUCUGGAGCCGCCAGCUGUCAAGGAGCCUCCAAAUCCACCUGCGGAAUCACCCGUGGUAAAAGCACCUUCGAUCAAUGAGAUCCAAGGAGACCUGAAAGACAUGGUGCGCCCAGAGAUGUUACAGGAGUUCCGGCGGAAAUCAGUCAUUGAGUACAAUCGCCUGAUUACCGAGAGCAGGCGUAUGCAUGCUGAGAGCUUCACUCGUGCUGGGCCAGCCAAUCGCUAUGGUGAAAUGGCAGAACUGCCACCCUUCCAAGAAGGUCAGCAUGUUCCCACUCUAGCACUGAUAAACCCUAUGUCUGGUGCAGCAGCUGGCAUGGACAUUCUCCAAGUGGCUCGGCGCUGUGAAUACUACAAGGAGAGGUUUUUCAACAUUAUCGAUGUUGUCAAAGGCCAACAUCGAGGGGGACUACUGGAUGUUUUCAGGAUUGAGCUGUGCAAAGCAAAAGCUGAAGCUGAAGAUAUGGGCACCAGGCCUAGGCUUAUCUCUGGCGGUGGAGACGGGACGGGGUCCUUUGCAAUUUUCAUGAUCUUCCUAGCCUUGAAGGCAGAUCAUUCACGGGCGCACGAAGGUAUGGAGGACACUGGCAACGGCUUCAUCUGGACCGACGAAGAAUUAAAAACGAGCUUUCCAGCCAUUGCCCAAAUGCCGUUGGGAUCUGCCAAUGACUUUGGAAACAUUCUGGGCUGGGGCCAGAAAUAUCCCGGCGAUGUUUCAUGCCCUUGUGGUCCUUGCGGUGGCCGAGAGGCAGCCUUGGGACAGCUUCAUCGAUGGAUUCGCGCCGUCAUCGACCCCAAAUCUCGCGUGGCAAACUUUGAUGUCUGGGGGUUCAUGCCCCCGAACGGUGCGGAACAGUGCAACUUCAAGCUUGCUGAAUUGACCGGAAAGCGUGGCCGGAAUCCCAAUCACAAAAUUGAUGGGAAGCGCCAAGUUGUGUUCAAGCAGGCUGGAAAACCGGUGCCGUUCUUCGUGUGCUUGUACUUCUCAGCUGGCAUCGGAGCCUAUAUGACCUCUCGCUUCCAGAUUAAUCGUCGUCAGACACCGUUGAGAAAUCGUGCUGAGUACACCAGACAACUACUUGGCAUUGUGCUGGAGUCCAAUCCACCACAGUUGAAUGGCCGUCUCGUGGGCAUCAACAUCGACUGUGAGGAUGAACCGUACUUCCCCCCGAAGAGGAACCGUCCCAACCAGGGCAGGAAGUACCGCGAGGUGGGUUUUUACAACAUCAACUGGCAGGCUCAUGGUUUGCACGGCAAAGACCGGGCGCCUGUCAGCACUCGGCUUUGUGGUUGCUGCGGCAGCGAUCGAAAGCCGGUGAUGUUCAACGACGGAAAGAUAGAUAUGUUCCGGUGGAAAUUUGCGUCAUUCUUCAAGAACCCUGGAACCACUAUGCAGACAGACAAGAAGGAGGACAUGCUCCUUUCUUUUAGCAGCAAUUCUGCUCACAAGGGGGUCUUUUUCCAAUGGGAUGGAGAGUCACGUUUUGCUUUCAGCCCGUCGGGUGCAGACUUUCAGAUCUACAUACGCAAGGUGUUGAGUGUCCCUGUGGUGAUUGGUCCAUGGGUAGACACAAGACUCACUGGUAGCUUGGACAAUGGCAAGCCUGUGUGCUUUGAGUUCUGCGGCAAAGACACAGAAGAUGUUGAAGCCGUGAAGAGGCGUACUGUUCAAGCUGUGUCUGGAUAUUUGGAUGGCGAGCUGAAUGCCACUGUCGAGGAAAUUCGGGCUGCCAACUUCCACAUGGCAGGACAUGCCUGAGUUCACAGCAAGAAAUUACGUAUGUUUGCACCACGAAUGCAAUGUCUUUCGUCAAUUUGCCGCGACAGUUGAACCUGUGCUGCUUGACUCCAAUCAUCUAGUCCAAGGAAUCAAUCAAAAACAGAAGAAGCGGCACUCAAUCGAAACAUCUCCUUCAUUGGAGAGGCUUAGACCUCAUCUUCUCAGCCAGAGGCUGUGAGGAAUUGUCUCAACAUUAUGACUGAAUAGCGCCGGGCAAUGAUACAUGUUUCUCAAAAUGAAA